AUGCUGUUCCUCUGGCCGGGAAUGUCCAACGGCACCGGCGACCUGGUGCAGACGACGCUGGAAUCGUGGACAGGCGGCAACAGCUGGUGCGGAGCCCAGCCGGGCCAAUGGUGCAUCCGCAGCUCUCUGUUCGGCAGCUUUGGACAGCUUGACGGCCCGGCGAGUCCGGUCAGCGGAAACAUGAAGGUCGAGAUCCUGUACGAGUUGCUCUCUGACGGACAGACGUGGAAGCAGACCGCCACCGAUCUCGGUAGCAAGAAGCAGCUGUCGACUUAUUCGCAUAAGUCUGGUCCCUACAUGACGGGCUAUGGUACCGGCACAGAAUGCGACCAGGCCUGCACGGGUACCAUCGCUGCGCAGACGUACACGAAUACUGUCAUCACGCUCGCUGGAUCUGAUCCUGCUUUUGGUAAGACCAUCUCUGCCAGCAACGGAGCGACUUACAAAGGCCUUACCAACACUGGAAACGGCAAGGUUUGGACCAUCGCCGAAAUGCAUGUGCCAAAGAUGUAA